AUGCCCAAGUACGCAAAAUUCAUGAAAGAUCUCAUUGCCACCAAGAGGAAACUUGAAGACUUAGAUACUAUCACUCAUUCUGGAAAUUGCUUGGCUGUGCUUCAAAAGAAGUUACCAAAAAAGUUAACUGACCCAGGUAGCUUCAUCAUUCCUUGUAUGCUUGGGGAAGGGAUGCAAGAGAAUGCUCUAGCCGAUUAUGGGGCGAGCAUAAAUGGGAUGCCCUAUACUUUGUUCCUGAAGUUAAGGUUGGAUGAUCUCAAGCCUAUGAGAAUGACACUCCAAUUGGCAGAUCAUUUUGUUAGGAAGCCCCGAGGGGUAGUCGAGGAUGUGCUUGUAAAGAUUGAUAAGCUGAUUAUCCCAGUGGACUUCGUGAUACUUGAUGUAGAUGCGGAUGUCGAAGUCCCUUUCAUCCUCAGGCAGCCAUUCCUUAACACUGCCCGUGCCUUAAUCGAUGUCAAGGGAGGGAAGAUGACUUUGAGAGUGGGAGAUGAGAAAGUGGUUUUUACAUUCCUAGAAGCUAUGAUACAAAAUUUAAAUCAUGAUGACCCAUUAUAUUUCAUUGAUGCAACUGACAUGGUCAUCUAUGAUCGUGUGCAGGAGAUAUUGGCUUUAAACCCUCUAGAAGAGUACCUUGCAGCCUUGGACGAUGAGGAAGACGGAAUGAAGAAUUUACUCCAGCCCCAAGGGAACAUGUCAAUUUUGUGGGGACCAAUCCAUCAAAUAGUCCCAAAAAGAUGA